CAGCUCCAUGCCUACACAACGUGCUGCCAACAAAGUUCUUUUAUUUGCUGGCCCUGCCUUCACGUUUACCAUGUCAUUAGCAGCGUUUGAGGGAAUCAUCGCCUACGCUUACUUUCAUUCUAAAGGAUGUGAUCCGUUAGCGUCUAAACAAAUCACCAAUUCAAACCAGGUGAUUCCUUUCAUGGUGCUGGACAUUUUCAAAACUCUGCCAGGCAUGUCUGGUCUCUUCUUGGCCUCGCUAUUUAGUGCGUCUCUAAGCACACUAUCAUCUGGGCUAGCAAGUCUGUCUGCUCAACUGACGGAAGACUUUAUAAAACCUACAUUUAAAAGUUUGACAGAUGUCAAAAUAACAAUUAUAGCAAAGCUUUCAGGUGAGACAUAUUUUAACUUCAUUUCUUCUAGUUCGUGUUUAUACUCUUCUGCGUGACAAUUUUGAUUUUCUGUCGUGGUUUUCGUUUAUUGAUAGAAACAUUCCUACUUUUCUUACCAUUCGAUAGUCAUGGACUUGCUCUGACAAUUGAUAUUUCUGUGAAAGAUAUUACUACCUCGCUUGGUCGGAUGCUCAACACAAAAGAAAAAAGGGAAAUAUAGCCAAGGUAUUACGGGGAAAAAAGCAGUCGAAAAAAUAGAGAACAAAGAGUUUAAAAUGAGUGAAGCAGAUUCAAUUUGGUCGCUUUUGUUUCACCAAGUAGAGGGAACAAAAGAUAAUCCAAAAUCUGUAGAAGGUAGUUUACCCAAGCAAGCUGCAGUGGGUAACAGCAGAUGCACACCAUUUGGUUAAUCCUUGACCUUUAUUGGAAUAAUGAGUUAUUCUAAUACAAUGUAUUUCAGCUGUCGAAGUGUUUACAUGUGUUUAAAACACUUCGUUGCAAUGGAUUUAGAAAACAAACAAGGAAUGAUCGGGAUAUCUUUAAAGUGCGAUAGUAUGAUAGUUUUGAUGGACUUGUGGUAAAGAAAAGUAUCGAUGUCAAUGCCAUCAUUUCCCUUGUUGACAAGUUAUACUUUUAUAAAAUUCCAAGCUUCCGGAGCGAUGUGAAUAUCCGUACGAACUUAUUAAGGAGUCGACUGUGAAGCACAUCAAUGACCAGUGUAAUACUUCCAUGUUAAAAAGAUUAUGUUAAACUUAUUUAUAUAUUGCUUUAAAGGUCCGGCUUAGCUAUGUUUAAAGCCACCACGGAAGAAUACAUGUAUAUAUAUUUACAUUUGCAUGGCAUUGUCACUAUAGAGUCUUUGAAAGCUGUGUUGUU